CAUUGGCCGACGGAUUGUGAGACACCCAGAGAGCCAGAGAUCUCGGGAGUGUAUGAAGCUGACUAUCAAGUUCAGGCUCUCUUCGCCACGUAAAGUCAGUCUACGUUAGAUCACGAUGAGUACAUCAGAGUCUUUGGAUCGUAUGGAAGUGUGUGAAAGCCUCUUAACAUGGAUCCAGACAUUUGGAGUAGAGGCUCCAUGCAAGACUGUAGAAGACCUGACAAGUGGUGUUGUCAUGGCACAAGUUCUACAGAAAAUAGAUGUAGUGUAUUUUAGUGAUGCUUGGAUUAGUAGAAUCAAGCCAGACGUUGGAGACAACUGGAGGUUAAAGAUCAGCAAUCUAAAGAAAAUCUUAAAAGGCAUCCUAGACUAUAUCCAGGAGGUAUUAGGCCAGGAUAUUAAUGACUUCCCACUACCUGAUGUUAAUCUUAUUGGAGAACACUCUGAUGCAGCCGAGCUUGGAAGGAUGUUACAACUUAUAUUGGGCUGCGCUGUCACCUGUGAACAGAAACAAGAAUACAUCAAAACCAUAAUGGUGAUGGAAGAAUCGGUGCAGCAUGUUGUCAUGACUGCCAUCCAAGAGCUGAUGACUAAAGAGACUCCAGCUACAGGAGGAAAUGACUCAUAUGUGGAUCUGGACAGACAGCUGAAGAAGACAGUUGAGGAGCUGAAUGAUGCUUUGGCUACCAAGGAAGAGAUUGCCCAGAGGUGUCGCGAGCUUGACUUGCAGGUGGCAGCCCUGCAAGAGGAGAAGAGCAGUUUACUAGCAGAAAACCAGGUCUUAAUGGAGAGACUUAACCAGUCUGACUCCAUAGAGGAUAUAAACAGCCCUGCUGGACGCAGACAUCUUCAGCUGCAGACGCAACUGGAGCAGCUACAGGAAGAAACCUUCAGGUUGGAGGCAGCAAAAGAUGAUUACCGGAUCCGUUGUGAGGAGCUGGAAAAAGAACUUUUGGAUGUGAAGUCCCAGAAUGAAGACCUUACAUCACUGGCUGAUGAGGCCCAGUCUCUAAAAGAUGAGAUCGAUGUCCUCAGGCACUCAUCUGACAAGGUGUCAAAACUGGAGGGCACUGUGGAACACUACAAGAAGAAACUGGAGGACAUGGGACUGCUCAGAAGACAAAACAAGCUUAUGGAAGAGAAAACUACAGCUUUAAUGCAGGCUAAUGUUGGCUUAGAGGAAGAGCUACGAAAGGCGAAUGCUGCCAAAGCCCAGUUGGAGACAUACAAGAGACAGGUGGUUGAACUUCAGAACAGACUGUCAGAGGAGUCUAAAAAGGCAGACAAGAUGGAGUUUGAGUAUAAACGCCUCAAAGAGAAAGUCGAUUCUUUACAAAAAGAAAAAGAUCGUAUGCGAAGUGAGAGAGAUUCAUUGAAGGAAACUAUUGAGGAACUACACUGUGUUCAAGCUCAAGAGGGACAGUUCACAUCAGGUUUAUUCCCAUUGGGUAGCAACGAUGGUUCUGAUUCACUGGCUGCUGAGAUCACCACUCCAGAGAUGCGAGAACACGUGAUUCGUCUUCAGCAUGAAAACAAGAUGCUGAAACUGGCUCAGGAGGGAUCAGACAAUGAGAAGAUCGCACUGUUGCAGAGUCUACUCGAGGAUGCCAACAGGAGAAAAAAUGAACUGGAGACAGAGAACAGGUUGAUAAAUCAGCGCUUGAUGGAGGAACAGAGUCAGGUAGAGGAGCUACAGAAGAAUCUUCAAGAACAGGGUUCAAAAGCAGAUGAUUCUUCUAUUUUGAAAAAGAAAUAUGAGGAGCACAUGGAAAAAGUACAAGAGCUGAAUAAUGAGCUGCUGAAGAAAAAUGCCUUCAUUGAUGAAAUGGAGCCGAAAUACAACACCAGCAUCCAACGAGUGGAAGAGCUGGAAGAGGCCUUGAAGAAAAAAGAUGAAGACAUGAAACAGAUGGAGGAGCGAUACAAGAAAUACCUCGAAAAAGCCAAGAGUGUAAUCCGAACGCUGGACCCCAAACAGAACCAAGGUUCAGGUCCUGAAGUCCAAGCCCUGAAAAACCAGCUGCAGGAGAAGGAGAGGAUGUUGCAUUCACUGGAGAAAGAAAUGGACAAGACAAAGAGCCAAAGAGAUCAUGAGGAGAAACUGAUUGUGUCAGCCUGGUACAAUAUGGGUAUGUCUCUGCAGAAGAAGGCUGCUGAAGAUCGACUCGCCAACACUGGUUCUGGUCAGUCUUUCCUGGCCCGGCAGAGACAAGCCACCAGCACACGGCGCCAGUAUCCCGGCCACGCCCAGUCAGCUACUGCCAGGUAGAUGGCAGUAGGGCACGAAAUGCUGCAGCCAGCUAUUUUACAAGUCCCCCGAACAAUGUGCCUAUUUUGAGGCAUUCUGUUUUCAUUCAUUUCUAAUGGAAGUAAAUGUUUUCCUGCAUUUCCUGCCGAUUGAUUUUCUUUUUUUUUUCCUUCUUGAUCAGAUCCAUGAGGUAGAGAUGCCAAGAAAGGUUGCCCCAAAUCUUGCACCUUUUUUUUUUUCUCCUCCCCCUAAGCGUAUUUUACCUUGACGCCCAUGAUGCAAGACUUCUACCUUUUAUCAGGCUUCAGCAUAUUUAAUAGGUUCUGACCAAUCACACCAAACAUCCUUUCUCCCUCCCUCUCUACCACUGACCUUCUUGAACCUGUGCUAUGUAGUAAACUUGUGCCAUGCAGGUAAUCCAGACCGCAAGGCUCAGAAGAAUCGCGUGUCCUUGUCAAGUUACUGUAAUUUUUGAUAAGAGGAACCGCUCUACCUGUUCAUGCAGUAUUUAUGCACAUCUCUACCUGUAGUAACAUUUUCAAGUUCAGCUUGUUUUUUGCAAUGGACUUGACAGCUUUUCUGUCCUGCGUCAUCUAUUGUAACUCUUUAUGAUGUAGCUUUAAGGAGGUAAAAGCAACUUUUAGUUUAAUGUGUCAGUGUUUCAUUUUACAGUCUCGACCAGCAAAUACAUCGAAGCAUAGGAUUAUGUAAUGUCUCGUGUAAAUCUUUGAUUUGCUUGCUAAAUGUUCUAACUGAUUUAAUUGAGUGAUUUCAAAUAGGAGUGCAUGAUUGUUGGUAAUGGUGCAGCAAUAAUUGUGAAUGGUAGCUUUUUUUUCCCGAAGAAAAAAAAAAAAGACUUCUUUAGGUUUUGAAAUUGUUCCAGGUGGUGCAAUUUAAGACUUGAUAGAUUUCCUGUGCUAGUGUACAUACUGGUGUAAAUUAGUUUUAAGUAUCUAAGAGAACAAUGAGCCACCAGCAUUUACGGAGUUGACAGACAACACCUUAUGUGCCAUAGUGUUUGAUAUAAAUGUCUGUACCUUGGCAGUCUGUCAGGUUUACCUUCCCCCUAAUAUGACGUGACAAAAAAAUGUAUUCACAGAACGUUUAGCCGUGCGAUGGUUCGAGAGUUUUAGACCUGAGGGAUGUCUUUUGAAAGAGAUUUAGUUUCUGGAUCAUCUGCAGAGUGGACAUGAAGAUCUGUUCAGUGUCACACAUCAGAGUGGACUGUUCCAUAUCACUUUCUAUAAUCAGCUCAUUGCUGUCACAGUAAAAAACACUUUUUUUUCCAGGUUCGCUAAAGGGUGUUUAAAAUGCACACUACAUACAGGUAUAUAACUUUAAAUGGGAGUCUUGAAUAGGGUAUGCUUUUCUCAAUAUGUGUUUAACCGAUUGUUUGUUCCGUUGUCAUUUUCCAGUUUUAACGCAUAUCAGGAAUCAUAACUUACUAACCUUGAAAUAAUUUUGCUUGGUGUUAGAUCAGGGGCAGAUUGUUGAUUUUAGGCUAAAAAGCCCUGCCAUCUGACCAUUACUUCUUUUCUUUUUUUCUUUUUUCCCCCCUCCCUCAACAGCAAUGUCCCUGCAUGACUGGCACACCAAUGACCUGCCCGAGCCUUGCGUAGCCUGGCCUGUUCUUUAUGUGGCCUACACUGACCCCCAGCUGGGCUAGGCUGUGGCACGCGUGCAUGAACUACCUGCCUGUUUGCAUGACUUUGCAUUGACUCAAGUCUGCGAAUAACCAGCCCACUAGCAGCAACGCGAGCACUAACAACCCUCUGCGGUGUCACGCAUUAUAACCUCCAGACAAGCCCGGGGAGGAACGGGAUUGGAAAAGAAAACCUUCGCUCUCCUUUCCCCUGUUCAUUUUUCCACCAUUCCAACUCCUUUCCCCACACCCUGAUGCUCUUUGUUACAUUCUCUCCUCCUCCCCUCUUGUAGCCUUCAUAAACAUGCCUGCUUGUUUGCUUCCACACUGCAUCAAGUCUGUUACACCUAUGUUACAAACAACCAGGAAAAAGGAGUGGAGUAACUCAGUUAUCUGUCAGUCAAGUUUUGGGCUUAAAUAGGCCUGUUCUCUAGUAUUUAUGUCUAAGUUGAUUUUGUUUGGCUGCUUAGGGAUACCUCAAUGACAUAUUCCUGCAUAAUCUGUUUAUUUGUGUGGCUCGAGGAUUGGGGUAAUAUUUGAGGGGUAUAACCUGCAAAUCAGUCUGCAUAACAAAAAAGGACUCCAUUCUGUUUUUAACUUCUACAGUAAGUAUUUUUUAUGAAAGCCCUGAACAUGUUGCUAGAUUGCAUCUUAAAAGUGCUUUUACCUCAAGUAUUGAAUGCAACCAGUUUUGGACUAAAGGCAACAAUGCUGCCCGAAAAGUGUUUGCAGAGAUAUAAAUAUAAAGUGUUUAAAUGAAAGACAUUGUUACAGAUGUGUUUUGAAAAGCAGUAAAAGCCCCCAUUAAGCCUGCUUGCAGUUUUUUGCUGUUUUGUUUUGUUAAACGCACAUCUACAUAGUGUUUCUGAUAUUAGCUAAAUUUCAGUUGAUUGCUAAUUGACUAAUAAUUUUUCUUAGGAGCAAAUAACCUGUGCCCUACCAUAUCUCGGUGUAUUUUACCUUGCAUUUGACCUGCCUUUGAAAAUUCCUGGUAGUAUGGACAUGAAACCGUGCAUUAGCUCAUGCAGGCUAAUGUGCUGUCUAUUCACUUAAAGUAAAAUUGGUUCAUCGUACUAAAAGGGAAAUGGUCUCCAAUGGUCCUGCUGACCAUAGACUCUCCUUUAAAAAAAAAAAAUAAAAAAAAAAUUAUAUAUAUGUAUAUGUAUAUAUAUGUAUAUGUAUAUGUGUGUGUAUAUAUAUAUAUAUAUAUAUAUAUAUAUAUAUAUAUAUAUAUAUAUAUAUAUUUUUUUUUUUUUUUUUUUUAAAAAGCCCUUCACAUCAGACAGUUGAGAGGCGUCCUGCAAUACAGUAUUAGUAAUGGAGAAACAUUGAUGUUACUGUGAGUAAUAUUGUACAUUUUAUGUAGCUUCUUUAAAUAAAUGUCAUUAUUUUCCCUAAAGAUUAUGAAACUAGUGAAAAGCGGGGACUCAAGGUUAUAUGUAUGUCAAAGGUAUGACUGCAUACAUUAAUUUAUAUAAGAGGGAUGGUUGCGUCAUCCGAUUUAGUGCCUUUUUUAUUUGUUAUAUGAAAACAUUAAUUUGGUUCUUUUCUUUUGGUAACAAUAGAUCUUACACACACAUUUAUUUUGUUAUUUGGGGAAAAAUGUUAAAUAUGGAUUUUAACUUCAUAAAUUAUUAUGUUGGGCUUAAUGUGGGCUUUUCUUCUCUGCUUUUAAUCUAUUUUACUUCUAUUUGAUAUGUUACAUAAGCUUAAAUGGUUCAUGGUGUGCAUUUUUUUUUAUCUUAACAGCUUAUUCUUUUGCUGCUUGUACAGCAGUGUUAAACUUUUAGUAGUAUUAUAGCACCACUCAUAUUGUUACAGUGGAUGUAAUAUAUCCAUAGAGAUCAUUUAAAUACUUGUCUUAUGCAACAAAAGGAAGAUAAGGUUUGUGAACAAGUGCAAAGUUACAUGUACCUCCGGUUUCUUAAGUAGGAGAAUUUUCUUAGAAAUCGUUUUAUUUAAAAAGUUUUUUUGCAAAGACUGGUGGGUUUUUUUGUUUUGUUUUUUUCUUUCUUUUUAGUGGGAAAAGAGGUUCAUUAGCUCUUGAGGAUGGAUGUUUAACUGCAUUAAAAUGUUAUCUCUGCAAGUCAUGUUUGUUUUCCAAAACUGAGUAGUGGAUGAAUAUUUUCAAGUAUGAAGUCAGUAGCAAAGUACGGCGGUAUCUUGUCCCAGAGUUUUCGAAACCAUUAGCCUGUGACCUCUGCAGUUUCAGCUGUAAAUGUUAUUCCACAGAACUCUUAACCGUCCAUCCCCAUACGCUGGUAAGAAAUCUGUAUAUAAUGGAACACAUCCACAUUGUGGUUGACCUGUUGAGAUUUAUAUCAGGGAUUUGAGGAAAACUUUUUUUUUUUUUAAAUCUCCCUUAAGAAAAAGCACAAUGUCUUAACCCCUUUUAUCCCAGUGAAAUCAGCUCCUGUGUUUUGUUGCUCUUAUUUGCAUCUGUUUGUUCUUUAAUAAUACUUCAAAUCGGCUAGUUUGGACUACUUUCAGACCUCGUCAAUGCCACUUUGUCAGUACAAACAUAAAGUUGGCAUCAUUAUCUAAUGCUGAGGUUAUUACUCAUUGUUUUCUAAUUAACAGAACUCUAAUUGAGAAAAGCAGUAAUCCUACAAAACUCUGUCCUAAUGUGGUGCAUUUUUCUUUUAAAACAUGCUUAAGAUGAAAUGACUACCCAGUAUUCUCGAUUGUUAGCUGGUUGCGCACCUACAGUGGAGGCCAGUCAAACUGUGUUAGAAAGAAAAUAUGAACAGGGAGCUGUUAACAAGUCGGAAUCAUAACGUGCAGUGUUUGCUGUAGGUUUUUGUUUUGUUUUUUUUACUCGGUGAAAAAGAAAAAAAUUCGUAUUGAAGUAGCAAAUAACCUUCCAUUUGCCAAGUUUUAUAUAGCUUGUAUACAAACACACUAUGUACAUAAGUAUGUGACUUGGGAAGCGUGUAGACAUUUUAAGAAUGAGGAAAGUAGAAAUCCUGUCUACAUUGGAUUUCAUAUAGCAUCUGUCCAAUGAGGGCUUACUGAUGAAAACGUGCUUCCUACACUGCUAGAAAUGACAUUGUAAAUAAAGCUUGUAUAAAACUG